ACUAUCCCCCCAGCCAGAAGCCACUUGCCUAAUGAGUAACGCUUAUAAAUUUCCCAUUUUCUUUGCCAAAGUCUCGUCAUCAAUCAACUGAUUAUCACAACCUUCAAUACACACAAAAUGGCUUCCACAUUCUACUUCUAUUUCCUACUCUUCUCCUCCUUAAUUCUCUUCCCUAUUUCCACAGCUCAAACCUCAUCCCGCCCCAAAGCUCUCCUUCUACCCGUCACCAAAGACGCCUCCACUCUCCAAUACAUCACCCACGUCGCCCAAAGGACCCCCCGAGUCCCCGUCAAGCUAACCGUCGACGUCGGCGGCGAGUACAUUUGGGUCGACUGCGAGCACGGCUAUGUCUCCUCCACCUUCAAGCCCUUGCCUUGCCACUCACCGAAAUGCCGCGGCCGCCUCGAGGGCAAUGCUAGGGCUUGCAUUAACGACACCAUUUGCAUGGAGGUCCCCGAAAACCCUAUCGCCCGCUUAAGUAGCACCGAUAUGAUCGCCUACGACAUUCUCUCGAUCCAAUCCACCGACGGGUCUAAUCCCCGAAAAGUAGUCUCGGUACCGCAGUUCAUCUUCGUCUGCUCCUCCACCCUCUACUUACAACAACUGGCUGCCGGCGUCAAAGGCAUGGCCGGACUCGGACGGAGUACCUUGCAUUCUCCUCCUCUUCAGUUCUCCGCAGCUUUCGGCUUCCAAAGGAAGUUCGCUCUUUGCUUGAGUCCUUCCACAAGAUCCAACGGCUUCGUUAUCUUCGGCGACGGGCCUUACGUUUUGCAUCCUAACAACGUUGACGUCUCCAAGUCUCUGACUUACACGCCGCUCAUCCUUAACCCUCUUAAAAUUGUCGGGGGUUUCAAGGACGAGGCUUCUUCUGAGUACUAUAUCGGACUAAAGUCCAUCAAGAUCGACGGUAAAGCCGUGCCGUUGAACACUACAUUGCUGUCGUUCAACCGUGUCGGUUACGGCGGAACGAAGAUCAGCACCGUGGACCCCUACACGGUGUUGGAAACAUCCAUAUACAAAGCCGUUGUCGGAGCAUUUGUCAAAGCGAUCGGUAGUAAUGUCCAUCGGGUUGCGGCGGUGGCGCCUUUCGGGGCGUGCUUUAGCUCGAGGAAUAUCGGCGAGACUCCAACUGGCCCGGCGGUGCCUGAAAUCGAUCUUGUGUUGCAGAGUGCAAACGUGUACUGGAGGAUUUAUGGUGCUAACUCCAUGGUUAGGGUUCGGGAUAAUGUUUUGUGCCUCGGAGUUGUUGACGGCGGUUCGCACGAAUUCAUGACUUCGAUUGUGAUCGGAGGGCAUCAGAUUGAAGACAAUCUCCUCCAGUUUGAUUUAGCCUCUUCUAGCCUUGGAUUCAGCUCUUCACUUUUGUUGAGGCACACAAGUUGUUCCAACUUCAACUUCACUUCCAUAUAUUAAUGCUUAAAGGACGUGGACCACCAUGUUAUAAGUACUAUUAUUCAGAAAAGGGCUUGUUGUGGGUCCUUAGUUUGGUGAGAUAUAAGUUGCCAUUUAUGUUGUUUAUGAUUUAUGAUGUAUCAUCCCCCGUACGCAUGUAAUGUCGUUUUUUUUUUUUAAUUUCUUUCUUUUUAUUGUAACUUUUGUUCGAAAGAAAUAAACACUAUUGAAAGGUGAA